UUCUUUUCCGGCUACACCUGCUCAACCCACCAGGAAGUGCAGGGCGAUAAAUCCCAAAGUAAUAAUCCCUUUUACCUGGACUGAGUGGACCGUACAAACGUUAUUAUGCAGCAUAUUUGGGGAAAGCCCUCGGUUUAGAUGAACGUGAUCGAUGAGUCGUUUCAGUGCGUGACACGCAAUUAAUGCAGGGUCAAAAAUAUACCGUCAGCUCCCUGCAGGUUGGGGUUAUUGUUUUCCUGCGGUGUAGCGUUUAGUUUUUGUGCGAUCCUUACCUCCCUCCGGCAAUGGGAUGCUGUGGAAGCGCAGAGAGGACAAAAAGAGAAUGGAAACCAUUGGAGGACCGAAGCUGCACAGAUCUGCCAUGGUUUCUGUUAUUUGUAUUGUUCUGUGUGGGAAUGUGUGGCAUUUGUGGGUUCACCAUCGUGACGGGAGGCGCAUCACGGCUGGUCUUUGGAUAUGACAGCUACGGCAACACCUGUGGCCAACUCAACGACCCAAUCGAAGGGGUCCGGUACAGUGGCCUGGACCACACUGACAGAAAAUACGUCUUUUUCCUGGAUCCAUGCAACAUAGACAUCAUUCAAAGGAAGAUCAAGUCCAUGGCGCUGUGCGUGAAAAUAUGUCCCACAGAGGAGCUGGCGACUUACCACGACCUCAGGCGGUUUGCCAUGACAAAUGUGUCCGAGCUUUGUUCCUAUGAGCUACCCGCUCAUAAGUACCCGUACCUUCCCGAACGCUUCGAAAAGUGUCCCAAACUUCCAGUACCAGAGAGCAAAGCUCUUCCGGUGUUUAACCGCUGUAUACCGGUGGACAUCUCCUGCUAUGCUAAAUUUGCCAAAGCCGUGGUGACGUUUGUCAGUGAUAACAGCAUGUUAAACAGGCUGAUCGCCGGGGUGGCGGCCAGCAAAGAGAUCAUUGUUGGGCUCUGUCUGCUGGCACUAGUUCUGUCCAUGAUCCUCAUGGUGAUAAUCCGUUACAUCUCUGCCGUCCUGGUUUGGAUCCUUACCGGUCUGGUGGUUCUGGCUUCUCUGGGAGGUACGAGCGUUCUCUGGUGGUUAUAUAUUGACUAUAGAAUGACAAUGAAUGAGACCAUGACUAAGGAUUUGAAGGAGACCGAAGAAGUCAGUGGUGGCAUGAAGACCCCUAAAGACCACGCUCAAGGCCUGCUCAUCUAUGCCAUUUCAGCUACCGUGUUUACUGGGAUUUUGUUACUGCUGAUGUUGUUCAUGAGGAAGAGGGUGGCCCUGACCAUCGCCCUGUUUCACGUGGCAGGAAAAGUGUUUAUCCACCUCCCGCUUUUGGCACUGCAGCCUUUCUGCACCUUUCUCGCUCUCUUUCUCUUCUGGGUCUACUGGAUUCUAGUCCUCCUCUUCCUCGGCACCACUGGGAACCCAGAGAAGAAUGAAGACACAGGCCUGGUUGAGUUCAGGCUCACGGGAGGACUGCAGUACAUGACCUGGUACCAUGCGGUGGGUCUGAUCUGGAUCAGUGAAUUUAUUCUGGCUUGUCAACAGAUGACCGUAGCCGGUGCUGUGGUGACCUACUAUUUCACAAGGGACAAAACCAAACUUCCGGUGACGCCCAUCCUGUCAUCGGUGCUGCGGCUGGUUCGCUAUCACCUGGGCACUGUGGCCAAGGGCUCCUUCAUCAUCACCCUGGUCAAGAUCCCACGUCUCAUUCUAAUGUACAUCCACAACCAACUCAAAGGAAAGGAAAAUGCUUGUGCACGCUGCAUGCUGAAGGCCUGUAUCUGCUGUCUGUGGUGUUUGGAGAAGUGCCUCAAUUAUUUGAAUCAGAAUGCAUAUGCGGCAACGGCCAUUAACAGCACCAGUUUUUGCACCUCGGCCCGCGAUGCCUUCAUGAUCCUGGUGGAAAACGCUCUUAGGGUGGCGACCAUCAACACCGUGGGAGAUUUUGUGCUCUUCCUAGGCAAGGUCCUAAUCGUGACAUGCACAGCGUUUGCUGGCGUGAUAGCACUGAACUAUCAGAGAGAUUACACCGAGUGGGUCCUGCCCCUCAUCAUCGUGUGUCUGUUCGCGUUCCUGGUGGCGCACUGCUUCCUGUCCAUCUUUGAGAUAGUGGUGGACGUGCUCUUCCUAUGUUUCGCCAUUGACACCAAAUACAACAACGGCACACCAGGGAGAGAGUUUUACAUGGACAAGGCUCUGAUGGAGUUUGUGGAGAACAGCAGGAAGUCAUUGGCCCUGGAGGAGAGGAGCCGCAGCAAGCGUUCCCGUCCCAAGGAAGAGGUAGAGUUGACGGAGGUUAAGACCAUGGCUCCCGGGACAAGCUCUGCUUGACCAAAAUCAGCCCAUGGGACUUUUUAAAGACAUUCCAAAAUGUUUAUUUUUACCAAUGUGUAACAUGUUUACUAUGGUUUCACUCCAGGGAAUACAGUAUUUUAAUAAGAAACUGUAAAAAAAAAUGAAAUAACAAUGUAAUGAAGCACUUUAUAUUGGAGCGCUGCGUAUUUUAAAAGCCUGAUGCAUUUUUCGUAAUGAUGUCCUUUUUAUAAGACUAAAAACCCAGUUGCCAUCUAGUGAAACACAGUGUUAAUAACGUGUAGAGUCACGGUUUUUAUUAUGUAUGUUUUCAUAACAGCCCUUUUUAUUGCGUAUAUUAGAAACUCGCGGCAUACUGCAGUGCAGCACUUGUUUUUUGGUUUCAGUUCUUAUUUCUUUUUACAAAAAAACGCUCGCUCGUGUUAUUUUACCAUGUCUAAAUAUUAAGUCAGCAUCCUCUCAUUCAUGUAUUUCACUUUUGCGUAAAAAGGUCUGGUCUGGUUUCCCUCCAAUGGUAAUGAAUUUGAUUUGCUUUCAAGUUAUGAUUAUAUUGUGACUGUUAGUCAUGUAAGAAAAAAAACUGGCCAGGUUACUUUAUACCGAGAUAUGAAUGGUUUCAGACUACAAUCCUUUUACCAUAUGUUAUGGUGACAGUCACACAGAAAUGAUUUUUUUUUAGCUUCGAAGAAACGUAAGGCUACUCCUGUGCGUAAAUCAGCAGCGGCAACGGUUGUGGUGCUGCCAUGUGGCUCCCUCACUUUGUUUUUUCUUACGAUUGUUGACAAAGCAGACAUGUUUACUUGGCAUUUACUGAACUUGUGCACAUGAUUCUUCAUGAUAGUGGUCCAAAGCGCAAAGCCCUGAGCUUUCCGUAGGUGCAAUUCUUUAUGCUACCUGAAGGGGGCAUAGCUAAAUAUUUGCGACAAAUUUGCAGCUUCUUCUUUACAAUACGUGCAUAUGUUUCUCUCUCUUUUUCUCUCUCUCUCUUUCUCUGUAACCUGUGGAGAGCUCAGUUGCUUUAUGCUUGGGAAAUUUCAGGAAGCACUGACUUCCAUAUUUGCAUUUAACUGAAGUCUUCCUACACUUGCAACCCAAGAAACUGCAUUGCAUUAUUUUUGCAAGAUGGUGAUUAGAAAGGACAGCGUCACGAAACUCGAAUUUUGCCUUAACCAAUCGAGUGAAUGUUGCCCCCUGCUGGAUUACGCAAACUAGUUUAUUGCCGUAUGCAGAACUGGUAUGGAAACGCAGCUCACAAGCCUUAAACCAAACCUUUCAUCGUAAAAUAAUAAACCCAGAACCGACUUCAUUUAUCAAAUAUCAACACAGGAGUCUACAUUCAUCCGUUUCUACUCUUUUGCUAACAAAUUUAGAUUUAGCAAAAAAUUUUGUGAAUUAACGUAACGUAUGGCGUUUUGUAUGGAUGUUUUGAACACGUCAUUGUCACGUUUAACUGAUUUUUCUUUCUUCUUAAUAUGGGCUGUUUUGCCUAUAUAUAUAAAUAUACAUUAUAUAUUAUUCCAUGUUGUUGUGUCUUACAUUGGAGGGAAAUGAAUUGUGUUAAAAUGAGAUCACAAUGACCUUGCUUUUUUGAGACGGUUUUGAACACGGAUGUAUCCGUGUGAAGAGCAUGAAUUAAGAAAAGAAAACUGUUUUUCACACGAAACUUAUGCUCAAAGCAUGUUAAAUAUUGCACUAAGAUGGCAUACAUUUAAACACAGAGAUGAAUUGUAAAAAAAAGGAUAAAUAAUAGCGCAUUCAAUAUAGAGAUGUUUCAUAAAUGUUCAAAGAAAUCUCUGUCAAAAAAUUUGUCUUUUAAAUGCUUAAGACUGCAGUUUGUAGUGGUUUUAUCAGGUGACAAACUCAUGAUGAUGAAACUUGUCAGAAGACAUGUCCAGGUCACAUUUUACUCAAAUGUAUGUUUUGCAUAUAUAAAAGUUGAUUUUGUGACCAUUAAGAUUGCAUUGUUUUAUUUCCAUGAGCAGCACAUAACUGCUUAAUACUUUAUGUAACAACAAAUACUAAAAUGUUUAAAUCUUUACAUUUGUCUUGAUUUUUAAGUAUGACCUGAACAUGUUCCUGAUACAUUUUAUGUGAUGAAUCCUGUAAUGCUGAACCAAGAUCAUUUUUAAAGUGAGCAGUGGUCAAAAACUGACCAUAGCAUCGGUGCAAAUGGUUAACUACUUGUGAAAGUUGCUUCGCUAUGGAUGCCAUGGUCUAGUAAACAGGAUCUUGUUGGCUACAUACACUGGCCUUGGCUCACAACUAGCCUACUAUUUUUUUUUGCCAAAUGUGCACAGAAAGGAACUUUAAAUGUGCACAAACUCUUUAUUGUGCUACCUGGUUGUAUUUGGCUAUGGCCUUUUUCUUUUCUUUCUUUAAAUCAGCGAAACAGCUUUGAGAUGCUGUCAAUGUGUAUUAGAAAGAAAUAGACAAGUUGUGUUUAGAGACAGAACCGAGCUAGCAAAACACAUAACCACUGUAUACAAACACAUACACACGUCCUGCAUGCUCCUGACCUGGGACCUUUCUAACUCUUUAAAACAAUGAGCCAUUUUUUUAGGAUUGUGAACUGUUUGGCAUUAGAAUACAUGUGAUUUAACACCAAUAGAAGAAUAGCUUUAUUAUGCGACAAGCCACUGUUUUUAUUUCCUCGAGAUGAGAUUGUGGGCCUAUUUCUCCUCCUCUUCAUUUCAAAAAACUGUGCUUCUAUUCUGUCACGGGGGAAUAGGAGCGUUUCUAUUAUAGGAUACAGUCAUAGGCAAUAUAUCAGUUCACUCCUCUGGUGUGAUAUUAGCUCUUAGCUCUUACCUGCAGUAAAGUUGUUUGUAACAUUGAACUAAGGUUUUGUUGAUUUGUUUGUUUUUUAUAUCUAUGAUUUCAUAUGUAUCCUGUUUUUUAAAGUAAUAAAAUCGGGAAAAACAAACAACGUU